CUUUUUAUAGUAAUUAAAAAGUGAGAAUUAGUAGAUUGGCUCUCACUUAAAGUUCAAAUCCGGCAUCGUUUAUGUAUCAAUGAGCAUUUAUCAUUUGAAAAUUCUCAAAACUCUUAGUUUAAAACCAGCAAAUCCUAAUUCAGACUUUAAAUCCUUCCUUCUAAAAAUAAAGUUUUGGAAUCCAUUUUUAAGCACAAAUCAAAUCAGAAUCAAUAAGCUCAGUAACAAAUUGUGGAACUUUUAUCCAUUCAGAAUUUUGAUGGUUAUAUUUUUAGCAAUCUAAAAGCCUUAAUAGAUUAUACAGAUUUUGACUAAUCCUUCUUAAAUUUUAUAAACAAAAAUCUAGCGUAUCCUUUGACUAAAAGACAUUGAUGAUUUAUCGGUAAAAUUAAGAUCUAAAUCCAUACAACCAUUGUUCAGAUCACGCUUUCUUCCAUUAGAUUGCAAAUAUAGUAAUGCCCAAGUUCCAACUCUGAUUCCAAAUUCUUGUAUUUAGAGUUUGUCAAAGAUCUUAGAUUAUAAAAACCUCCAAUCUCAAUAACACUUUAAUUUAAGGCACAGUUUAUAACACUCUAGAAUCAUAGAAACCCCUAUUAUUAACUUCACUAUUCAAAAAAUUUCCUAUAAACUUUUACAAGUUUCAUAUAAAAUAAUUUUGAAACCUAAUACUUUAUCAAGAUAAUUAACCCUAGUCAAGAAGAGUAAUUCAUACCAAAACCUCUGUUAUUUGUACUUAAAAAUAGUCGAGGCAGAAAUUAAUAAAUUGCUACUAAAUCUUCAUAUAGCAAGCUAUAUGCUCAAUUCAGGCCCAGUCAUGAAUCCUGAAAGAACAGUCAAUAAAAACAUGGAUUCUGACCACUAGGAUUACACCUGUUAGCACAAUGUGUAAUGAAUCUCUGGGAGAUAGAAUCCAAGACAUUUAAACAAAGUUUCAAUAACUCUCUUUAUCUUAUCAAUCUAACUCAUUGAUACUUACACUAAUAAAUAGAGAUUUUGUGUAGAAAAAGUAAUUCUACAAAGUGUUCAUUAAUCCCUACUCAUUAAGGUUGGCAAACUAGUCCUGUAACCUUUAGCUUGUCAAAAUUUAAAAAUUCUAGUGACUAAUCCUUCCGGUUUGCUCUAAAAAUAUUCAGAAGUCAAGCUAAUUUACACAAAAAUGAGACUAUCUAAUUAGUUUAGCAGAGCCAUCUCCUGAAUGGGUUUAGACAAAAAAUUAAGGAUCAUAUCUUAAUUUUCAAGUUAAACUUCGCAAAACAUCCCUCAAGUGUUUUACUGUUUUAAUAACUUCCAGUAUGAAACCAGCUUGACUCCAAAUGCCUACUACUUCUACCACAAAACUAGUCAAUUUUACGUAAAGCAAAACAAGAGCAUCAAUAAAAAAGGCUCAUAUAAAACAGUUCUGCUGUAAAUAUUAUAAAUCUCUGAUCAACUUAACGUAACUUAAACUGCCCCUCU